AUGGCCAAAGUCGCCGCGUCGGCCGUGCCGAACCUGAAAUCCCAGAUCGACGCCCUGACGGCCGACCCGGCGGGCGCUCCGGGCGUGGUCUUCGCCGCGGUCAACAGGGCCGGCGACAUCAUCUUCGAACACGCCUCCGGCAAGGUGGGCGCGGGCAAGGCCGAGGCCAUGACCACCGACCACAUCUUUUGGAUCGCCAGCUGCACCAAGAUGAUCACGGGCGUGGCGGCCAUGCAGCUGGUCGAGCAGGGCAAAUUGAGCCUCGACGACGUCGACGUGGUGGAGAAGUUGGCCCCGGAACUGAAAGCCGUGCAAGUCUGGGAUCCGGCGGCGCAGAAGCUGGUGCCCAAGAAGCGGGGCAUCACGCUGCGAAUGCUCCUAUCACAUACGGCCGGCUUCGGGUAUGCCUUCUUCGACGACCGCCUCAACGACUGGGCCGGCCCGCUUGGCCUCGACGAGUUCUCUGGCUCCUACCACGACUACCUCUCCCAGCCUCUGGUCAAUCAACCGGGCGAGGUAUGGGAAUACGGCAUCAACAUCGACUGGGCGGGCGUACUGAUCGAGCGGGCCUCGGGCCUCAAACUCAACGACUACUUCCAGCAACACAUCUUCAAGCCCCUCGGCAUCACCCACAUCAACAUGUUCCCCACGGACGAGAUGAAGAAGAAGCUGGCCUACAUGAACGCCCGCUCCCUGGUGGACGGGUCCCUCUCGCUCGCGCGCAACGGCCACCUGAACCGCCGGCCCCUGUACGCCAGCACCAAGGAGGAGAUUGACGGGACCUUCCACGCCGGCGGCGCCGGUUGUUUCGCCCGUCCGAACCAGUACUGUCAGAUCAUCACGGCGUUGUUGAAUGACGGCGUGCAUGCCCCGAGUGGCAAUCGCAUCUUGAAGAAAGAGACCGUCGAUGAGAUGUUUACCAAUCAGAUCCCCGACAUGCCCAACUUCGGUCGUCAAGCCAUCGUCCCUCCUAAACCAGAGUACAGCAACGCGCUUGCCGAAUUGUACCCUGAACCCCACGACAUUCCGCAAGGCUGGGGGUUGACCUUCUUCCUGCACCUGCGCGAUUCGGCCGUGCACAGCGAAGGCACAGGCUGGUGGGCGGGAUUGCCGAACCUGUUCUGGUGGGCGGAUCGGAAGCGGGUACGUGAUCAUCGCGUUGUUCCUAUUACUAUGGAAGCGUGUGGAGGAGGAUCCGUUAGAGGCUCCAUGACAAAGGCUUCCUCGCAGGGGGUCUGA